ACGCGGGAGCUAUUCGUUCGAUGAACUUUCCACCGGCGAAGGCUGCGCAAACGCCUCCAGGCGCGUCAAGCGCACGCCAGUCUCCAAACAUAUUCUUGGCGUGUUGGACGUUGGUACAAUUUUUGUCGGCUUUCCGCGAUUUUCUCACGACAUCAGUUAUUGUCCCUACUGGUACAGGUGCUACAGUGCAGUGAUCGUAAAGUGUUUAUCAACAGUGGAUUAUAGUAUUUCAAGCAAUAAAUCUGAAUGCGGAAUGGUAAUCGGAAUUGUGAAGGAACAUCGACUGCCGAAGCCUACUGUACAAAUAUGGAGAGCUUAUCACCAUUCGCGGGAAAUUACAUAAUACAUAUAAGCACGAAAGCAGUGACCACUAAUGUUUGGGUGGGCGGUGGCGCGAUGCGAGAGGAGGACCUGGAGGUGGCCCUCAAGGUGGUGAUCGUGGGCGACGGCGGCGUGGGCAAGUCCAGCAUGAUCCAGCGGUACUGCCGCGGCACCUUCACCAGGGACUACAAGAAGACUAUAGGAGUCGACUUCUUAGAAAGACAGAUUGAGAUCGACGGCGAGGAAGUCCGGUUGAUGCUAUGGGACACGGCAGGGCAGGAGGAGUUCGAUGCCAUCACGAAGGCGUACUACCGCGGCGCACACGCAUGCGUGCUCGCCUUCAGCACCACGGACCGAGACUCCUUCCUCUCACUACAUUCAUGGAAACUCAAGGUGGAGAACGAGUGCGGCGAGAUACCCACGAUCAUAGUUCAAAAUAAAAUUGAUUUAAUGGAUCAAUGCGUCGUUGGACCAGAUGAAGCUGAGCUAGUAGCGAGAGCGCUAGGAUGCCGGUUAAUGCGAGCAUCAGUGAAAGAAGACGUUAAUGUUGGAGCUGUAUUCAGGGCUUUAGCUGCGCGGUGCCUGUCCGACAUGCGGCGUGAUGAUGCCGACACGAUGCCACCGUGCCAACAACCUGUCAUAGGAACAUUUACAAACCACAACAGUAACGGUACAAUUCUGCUGCGGCCAACAAAACACCGGCCGGGCGGCAAGAAGAAGAAUGUCCUAAGAAACGCUUGCAGACUACUGUGAUCAUCACACCUCUGUAACACGGCUCAAAAAUAUACCAGAAAGAACGAAGAAAGUUUCUACAAAUUGUUAAAUCCUAGAAAUGUUUUAUUCUCCGUUCGCAUUCAAGCUAUUGCUCAUAACUUCUUGUUUGAAUCUAAAUAAAAAAGAAAAUACUAGUAUAAAAUGUAAAACGAAGUAUACGACCACUAAAGAAAGAAGAAAAUAAUAUUGUAAGAUCAAAAUUAAGUCAAAGACCCAAGUCGUAAGUGGCGCCAUCUGCUAAUGGCGUAAAAUUAAAAUUUCGUUGAACGUCUUUAAAAUAUUUUGUAAGUGCGCUUAUUUAGCAAAGGAUGAUGAAUUUAAAAUCAAAAUAGAUCUUACUUGAAUCUCCAAUUCCCCAUACAUUAAAUGACAAUCUUAACUUUAGUCGAUAGAAAAGCUGUUUAGUCAUAUUUUAAUGUUUUUAGUUAGUUUAUAUUGAAAUAACAAAGCUAUGUAAAUAUUUUGUACUUAUCUAACUAUUCAUUUUAUAAAAAAAUAAAUUAUUUGCAAAUUUA